AUAAACUUAUUAAAUAGAUCAUUUAAAUGAUUUCUAUAAAUUAUCUUAUUUGAAUGAAAAUGAUGAUUUACAUAUCUCUGAUUAUUGGAUAAUUGACAUGCCGUCCAUCUUCGAGUAAUGACGUCGAUUGUGAAACUUACAGCCUUCUCAGGGGCUAAAGAUGACACGCCUCCUUGUUAUCUGUUACAGAUAGAUGACUUCAACAUUCUGCUGGACUGCGGGUGGGACGAGAGACUCUCUAUGGGAGUUGUGGAGAGGAUAGCACCCAGAGUACACGAGAUAGACUGUGUUCUACUCUCACACCCAGACACCACUCAUCUGGGUCUGCUUCCCUACUUAGUGGGAGUACUGGGUCUGCCCCCAGACUGUCCCAUUUAUGCCACAGUGCCAGUGCAAAAGAUGGGUCAAUUAUUCCUCUAUGAUCUAUUCCAGUCCAGAAACACCUGUGAACACUUCCACACAUUCUCUCUGGACCACGUGGACACCGCAUUCGACAGAAUCACACAGGUCAAAUAUCAGGAACCGAUCGCCCUUCAUGGUAAGGGAGAGGGACUGACUGUGGUGGCUUAUCCUGCUGGACAUCUUGUGGGAGGCGCCAUAUGGAAGGUGACGAAGGAUGGGGAGGAGGAUGUAGUGUAUGCAGUGGACUACAAUCAUAAACGGGAGAGACACUUGAACGGAUGCACGAUGGAUGUCAUGUCCAGGUCCCACAUUCUGAUAACAGAUGCAUACAAUGGCACUUAUGUGGGGGAGAAGAGACCAGUGAGAGAUGAGCAGCUAACUGUUAAUAUUAUGAGCACUCUGAGAGAGAGGGGCAAUGUGCUCAUUUGUAUAGACACUGCUGGGAGAGUAUUAGAACUGGCGCAGCUGCUGGACAAUCUGUGGCGCAAUGAGGAGAGUGGACUGAACCAGUACUCUCUCGCCCUUCUCUCCCACAUGAGUCACAACACUGUCGAGUUUGCCAAAAGCCACAUGGAAUGGAUGAGCGACAGAUUAAUGACACAGUUUGAGUCGGACAGAACAAAUCCGUUCGCAUUCAAGAACCUCAAACUUUGUCACUCGCUGGAAGAUCUGAAGAGACUCACAGACCCCAAGGUCAUUCUGGCUACACAGCCGGAUCUCCAAUCUGGAUUCGCAAAGGACCUGUUUGUCCAGUGGUGCCAGGACCCGAAGAACUCUGUAAUUUUCACCCAGAGGACUGGCCAGGGCACUCUUGCUCGCCUGUUGAUUGACAGACCAGAGACCAAAGCAGUGGCAAUUGAUGUGAAAAAGAGAGUUUUGCUUGAGGGAGAAGAACUUCAACAAUAUAUGUUGCAGAAGCAACAUGAGGCAGAGGCUAAACAGGACAGAGAUGGAAAAAAGAGACCCAAGAAAGAAGUGAAGGAAGUUAUCAACACUCUAGGUGGUGACAUUGUAAUGGACACUGAAGACGAAGAUGAGGAGGACGAGGUGGUGGGAGGGCUGAAGAGGGGGGUGGGGGGAGGGGCAGCAGGGGGUGACUCAUCUAGUGAUGAGGAGAACGAAGAGAUGCUGAUGGAGAAACUGUGGAAAAAUAGACCUCGCGACUUCUUCGUGGACACCGACUGCAACAAGCCAAGCGUGUUUAAACCCACCAAACGCGCACCCGUCAUGUUCCCACACAGAGACCGAGUGUUGAAAUGGGAUGACUAUGGGGAGCCGAUAGAUCCAGACAUGUUCACAGAUCCAGACUUGGUGGCCAAAGAGAGAGGAGACAGACAGAACAGACAGCAACUGAAACAGCAGAGUCAGCAACCAACUGAGGUAGUGGACUUGACCAGUUCGGAGGAGCGACCCACCAAAUGUGUGAUAGAAAAGAGAAGUCUGAAGAUCAAGUGUAAAUUGGCCUUCAUAGACUACGAGGGCAGAAGUGACGGAGACUCAGUCAAGAAGAUCAUCGCCCACUGCAAACCCAAACAACUCAUUCUAGUCAGAAGUUCAGAUGCCAGUGCGAAGGCAGUGGUCGACUACUGCAUCAAUGACGCUAAGGUUGAGUUGAGUGCCCUCGUGCCGAAGUACAAUGAGACAGUGGACGCUACGCUGGAGAGUUUCAUCUACCAGGUGAAAUUGACUGACAACCUCAUGGCUGGACUGGAUUGGAACAAAGUCAAAGGCAUUGAACUCACUUGGGUGGACGGAAUCAUUUCAAACGAAGUUGAGAAAGAGUUUCAAGAUGGCCACAACCAAUUGGACUUAACCGGCUCAGGCUCCAGUUCCAAAAUCCCUCUCUUACAAAAAGUGCAACCUGAAUCCAGCAAACAUGACUCACUUGUUGAACUAUCUUCACACGAUACAGUUUUUGUGAAUGAAGUUCGACUGAACGAGUUUAAAAUGAUAUUAACUAAACAUGGAUUACCGGCCGAGUUUAUAAUGGGCGUUUUAGUUGUUAAUAACAGAGUGGCCGUUAAAAGACUAAAAAGCGGGCAUAUUUCGAUUGAAGGAUGUCUUUGUGAAGAUUAUUAUAAAGUGAGAGAACUUUUGUACCAACAGUUUGCUGUGCUGUAAUGAUGGAAGUGUUUUUCUGAACAAGCCAAUAUGUUGGUUAAUAGAAAACAAAAUAUGCGGGUCUUAAGACGAUUUAAAACUUUUUUCAUUUUGAAACGAGUGUAGAUUUACUUUUUAUUUUUCCUCAGCACAAGACAACGUUUUUGAACUAAUAUUCAAAACUAUACAUAUUGAGAAGCUUCAAUUGAGAUUUUUUUGUUCUGGGCUAAAAACUUGAGCUCACAUAUUGGCCUGUUGAAAUUUAUGUCUCAGACCUGAAUAAAAAUAUGAGAGACAGUUUGACGUAUUUAUUAUAUUGCAUUCUUUUCUGAAUUUGAUGUUGAUUGCUGUUGAUCUUGAUAUGUUUAUUUUGGCUGCAAAACGAAUUCAAUAAAGCUUAGUAGCGUA